CGAGUCUUGAGUGGAUUUUCAAUCUUUAUCAUGAAUAUCGGAUUGAAGGACGCAUGUUUGUGUCUGUUGAUGGAGGUUUUGCUAUAAAUAAGGUUUCUCGCCAAGGUAUACUCAAAUAAGUAGUUCUAAUCGAUCAUAGAUUGUUUGGGAAUCUAUCUUAAUUGAGUGAGUUUCGUGUGUGUAUAUUAACUUAUUAAGAGCGUGAAAGAGAGAGAAAAGAGAGACUAUGGGGAUGUUUUUGAGAAGGGGCUCAAUAGUGGCGUGUGUGUUUAUGUUACUGAUGUCGACUCAAGUGUUGGGAAAAUUAUCUAGCAUAGAUGAUCAUGCCAAUAGCAAACACCGACAUCACAAUAACAAAAGACACGGUGCUGGUGGAGGUGCUAGAGGUAGUAUUGGAGCAGGAGGUAGUGCUGGCGGUGGUGGUAGUGCUGGUGGAGGUGGUGGUAUUGGAUCAGGAGGAGGAAUUGGUGGUGGAGGAGGUGAAAGUGGCAGUGCUGGUGGUAGUGGAGGAAGCUGUGCGGGUGGUCAUGGUAGUGGUGGACGUGGUGGUGGUGGUGCUGGUGGAGGUGUAGGUGGUGGCGUUGGAGUUGGUGGUAGUGUAGGUGGAGGUGCUAGUGGAGGUGGAGGCGGCAGUGUUGGUGGAGGAGGACGUGGUGGUGGACGGGGUAGUGGCAGAUCUGGUGGUGCUGGUGGAAGUAUUGGUGGUGGAGGUGGUGCUGGAGGAGGUGUUGGUGGUUCAGUUGGAGGUGGUGGAGGUGCCGGGGGCGGAGUAGGUGGUGGUGCUGGUGGUUUUGGUGGAGGUGGUGUUGGAGGUGGAGCAGGUGGCUCUGGUGGAGGUGGUGCUGGAGGUGGAGUAGGUGGUGGUGCAGGUGGUGGUGCUGGUGGCUUUGGUGGAGGUGGUGUUGGAGGUGGAGUAGGUGGUGGCGUUGGAGUUGGUGGUAGUGUAGGUGGAGGUGGAGGCGGCAGUGUUGGUGGAGGAGGACAGGGUAGUGGCGGAUCUGGUGGUGCUGGUGGAACUAUUGGUGGUGGAGGUGGUGCUGGAGGAGGUGUUGGUGGUUCGGUUGGAGGUGGCUCUGGUGGAGGUGGUGCUGGAGGUGGAGUAGGUGGUGGUGCAGGUGGUGGUGCUGGUGGCUUUGGUGGAGGUGGUGUUGGAGGUGGAGUAGGUGGUGCUAUCGGAGGGGGUGUUGGAGGAGGUAUAGGUGGUGGUAUUGGUGGAGGAGGUCGUGGUAGCGGUGGAGUAGGAACCGGAGGAGGAAUUGGUGGUGGUGGACGUGGUAGCGGUGGAUUAGGAGGUGGAGGAGGAGUUGGUGGAGGUGCUGGUGGUGGUGGUGGUGGUGGUGUGGGAGCUGGAGGUGGAGUUGGCGGUGGUGUAGGAGCAGGAGGUGGAGUUGGUGGUGCUGUGGGAGGUGGUGCCAGAGGAAAUGUUGGAGGAGGUGUUGGAGGCGGAGUAGGCGCUGGUGGUGGUGCCGGUGGUGGAGUUGGAGGUGGUGUAGGUGGUGGCGGCAGUCUUGGCAGUGGGGUUGGAGGAGGUGGAGGACUUGGCGGCAGUGGUGGUGGAGGAGUUGGAGUCGGAGGCGGUGCUGGAGGAGGAGCUGGUGGUGGUGGUGGUCUAGGGGGUGGAGGAGGAGUCGGCGGUGGUGUAGGAGGCGGAGCAAAUGUUGGCGUAGGAGUUGGAGCCGGAG